AUGGAGAAUGGGUUUGUAGACUGCCACUGUCACAUAUCUGCGCCUGAGUUUGAACAGGACCUUGACGAUGUGAUUAAAAGAACCACACAGGCUGGAGUAAAGACGCUUGUGGCAGUAACAGAAGGCCAGGGCGAGUUUGAGAGACUUCUACAACUCAAGAAAAGUUAUGGCGCUCUGAUCGCUCCUUGUUUCGGGGUCCAUCCUCUUCAGAGUGAUGAGGGUCCAGACAAACGCAGUGUGAAGCCCCAGGACCUGGAAGCUGCAAUACCAUAUUUCUACAAACACAGUGAAGAACUGGUCGCUAUUGGAGAGAUUGGUUUGGACUUCACUCCAUGGUGUGCUCCGACCGAACAGGAAAAAGAGGACCAGAUGAAAGUCUUUAUCCGGCAGCUAGAGGUCGCUAAAGAGCUCAACCUCCCGGUAAACGUCCACUCUCGGUCAGCAGCCAAAGUUACCAUCUCCACUAUGAAAGAACAAGGUGUAUCCGGUGCUCUGCUCCAUAAUUUUGCAGGGAAGUUGUCAGUGGCUUUUGAUGGAGUUAAAGCUGGAUAUUACUUUUCUUUUCCUCCAGCUGUUUGCACCAACCCAAUGAAAGUGAAGCUAAUAAAGCAGCUUCCACUGGAGCACAUCUGUCUGGAGACAGACUCCCCUGCAUUGGGUCUCAACAAACAUGAGAGAAAUGAGCCGUGCAACAUCGCUUUGGUUUGUCAGUACAUCGCUCAGAUCAAAGGACUGUCCACAGAAGCUGUUCAGUUUGUCACAAGUCAAAAUGCUCAGAGACUUUUUACAAAGAUCCACCAGAAGUAG